CAUUCAUCUUCUCGUCCUUUACUUGCACACACCGAGCUAUUAGACCAUGGCGGACAACCGAUCGAGAAGAGGCGCCUCCAUCCCAGCCUGGCAGCAAAACUAUCAGCCCAACAAAGACCCAUCUCCUUCAACUGCGCAGCCAGCAACUGAAGAGCGUCCGGCCACCGCGACCACGCCCGCGACCAGCACAACCGCAUCAGAACCCGAAGCCUCCUCUGACCUUUCAUUGCUUGAACAAGCCAAGAGAUUCCUUGAAGACGAGUCAAUAAAGAACGCUUCUAGAGAGAAGAAGGUCGCCUUCCUCGAAACCAAGGGUGUUUCAUCAGAUACGAUAAAUGCGCUCCUUGACUCAGAGCCUGUCAGCUCGUCCACUUCAUCCCAGGAUGAGGGAAUCUCAGAUUUGAAAACCAUCCACGACAGCGCUCAAACACCAAGCGCAAAAUCAUCUACUCCCUCAACACAGGCUGCAGCCACAAGUACUACCGCCUCUCGGCCUUCCAUACCUCCAGCAUCAACCUCAACUGCCACAGUCCAUCCCAGACGAGACAUCCCUCCAAUCAUUACAUACCCAGAAUUCCUCCUCAAACCACAGAAGCCACCACCGCUCGUAACGGUCGACAGACUGACAUACGCAGCCUAUGCACUCGCCGGCAUCUCCGCUGUAACCUACGGGGCCAGCAAGUUCAUCAUCCAACCGAUGCUCCAAACGCUCACCGAAGCAAGACAAGAGCUAGCCUCAACCACACAAGCCGACCUCGAGAAACUCAACAGCAAGCUUGAAAGUGUCGUCUCUCACGUCCCCUACAUUCCACCCAGCGGAAGCGUCCUUCUCUCCAAACAAUCGCAAAAAGACGACCUCGACGAAACCUCCUCUCUUGACUCCGACCCAACCGAACUCUUCCAUCGCGACAUCGCCACCCAAACAUCCCCUCGCCCUUCGCGCUCUAAUUCUCUCCACUCUUCAGAUUCUCAAUCCGGCCUACCAGCCUCAAACCCUACCCUGGCCCAAUCCACUCGUCUGGAAGCUCUCCACUCCAGCCUCAACACACUAUUGACAUCCACCAACACCCAUUUCAGUCAAGAUCGGUUCCUAGAAUCCAUCACCGCUUUCAAAGGAACCCUGGACAAGAUUGAUCAGAGCUAUAAUCCCUUCAUGUACGAUUAUACAUCUACCAUUGGUGUGGAUGAUAAGAGUAAAUCUCAGGGAAAGAAAGAUACGGAGAUCAACAAGUUCAAGGCCGAGAUUAGAAGUCUGAAGGGUGCUUUCUUGAGUAGUCGCAAUUUCCCUACCGCGAGACCUGCACAGCCUUUUGCGAUUCCUGGACGGUGAAGGAAUUCACCUUCGAAAUUGGUGAUUGAAGGAAUUACGGGGGUUUGGUUGUAUAGAGACUACAGCGCCGCGGAGAAAUGUUGACAACAGAGAAUGUGUUAUGCUAGGAUGAUGAAGAGGUCAUGUACCAAAGAACUGGUCAUCUCUAAACAGACCCAAAAUACCAUUUCUACUGCUUUUUGGAAUCGUUGACAAUCGAUAAUGACGUAGAAAUUUGAUGCUUGACCUACGCAUGAGGAAAG